AUCCUCCAUAACAUUCCUCAGUUAAAAGAGAGACUGCAAAUGAUGCAGCGGCAUGCCAUUCUGCAUCCAUAGCCCCUCACCAUGUUUCUCUCCUGCCUUCCUACGCCUCCCACCUGGUCUCCGAACCCACCCAUUUUCUUCUUCAGCAGCGCGAUGGUUUGCAGAUAGCCGCGACCCGACGUACUAUGAGAUUUUGAAUGUGCCGAUCACGGCGACGACGCAAGAGAUCAAGAAGCAAUUCUACGCGCUCUCACUGGCUCACCACCCGGAUAAGAAUCCCAAAGAUCCCACCGCCUCUGCGAGAUUCGCAGCCAUAUCGGACGCUUACCAAGUCCUCUCAAAUGCCUCCAAGCGUGCGGUAUACGAUCGCGACCAUGACAUACACCGCGCGGCGGCGGCGACAGCGGCAUCGUCCAGCACUCGAAGCGGUCAUCGCGGAUCAUAUGUGGGGUCUCGACCACCAUCCGGCCUAAGCAAACGUCGUGGACCUUUUAGAGGCCCACCACCCAGUUUCUACGCCCACGGCGGGUAUGGUACAGCGCAUCAUAACCAACCUCAUAACCGGCAUCAACAACAGCAUCCGCAUCCACACCCUCACCCACAGCGGGAACAUCAGCAGCCACAUGGCUCCGCCUCCUCAUCCUCCUCCCACCCCGACCCCUCCUCAUUCAUCUACCACAACACAGUCCCUCACUUCGACGCCACCUCCCACCUCCGCACGCAAACUCACGAAGAUGCCCGACGCCGCGAACGCCGUCGCAAAGCAGUCGAACGCGCGAAAGCAGAAGCCGCCGCGCGAGGUAUUGAUGUCUCAGAAGACGAGGGAAACAUCACGAUGCGGUUGAUCACGGUAUUGGGCAUCCUGGGUUUUGCGUGGGCGGCUGCAGUGGCAGGUCAACACGUCCUUGAGAGACCACGCUCUUCGGCGAUAACGUCAUCACCGGUUAAGCAUGCUCCGAAAAGGGUGCAGGAACAUUAGUCUGGUAUGGGUUCAACUAAAGUGGUUUGCAUCGCAGCCAGGCGACGCAGGAUCGUCACAUAGAAUAAGAAGUUGGGGGGGGGUGAGGUUCAAGAGCAUGGGGUUAAGACAUGAUCCAUGCGGUAUUUGCAAAAAUCCAUAUUGUGAUAAUCCUAAACAUACGCAGCGUAUGCAUUGUUUGAUUUUGGUAGACUGUAUAGCAUGUAUAGCUUGUGUAUGUUGACUCUAGAAAAGUGUGGCCACUUUCCAAUA